CAUUCGAUCCCCAAAUCAAGAGACGAAAUCCUAGCCGCGCCGCACAGCCUAUCCCAAAUCGAAGCAGAUAGAACCGUAGCUUGCAAAGAUGGCAGAUCCAGGUGUUGAAGCAGUUGCUCUGCCAAUCGUGCCUUGUCCGGAUUGCGGCAGGAACGUGAUGACAUACGUAGCGCGGCGCGGUCAGAAUGCCGGCCAGCGUUUCUACAAGUGCUGGAAUCACAACGGGGCGGAUGCGAUUUCUACAGGUGGGAAGAGGCGUACGCGGCGCAUGUGGCGACUCGUGGACAAGCAGCACCUGCAGUCGGGCAAAUCGGGGCAGUGCAGAUGCAAGGCGGGCAGGCGGAUGGAGCUCAAGUUGUGCAGGCGCCUCACGUUCAGCCGGGGCAGCAAAACGGAGCACCGGAGGCGUGCAGGCUGCAUCUUUUGCAAGCGCGGUCGCAGGAUACAUGCUUGCGGCGGCUCCAGUUGCGGGUCGUCAGGGUCCCGCAGUGUAUCGAAGUUGCUUCUCAGAGCAGGAACUAUGGGGUUCAGCUCCUCUGCAGUUGAACUACUACUGCACGCGUGCUGUAGACGUUCAUAUCGCCCGUCAAUUCCCAUCUGGCCGCUCGCAUUUUACCUACUUAAUCCUGUUAACAAAAAAGCCUUCAUGUACACAGAUAAGUGCUUCCGUUCACACUGCACACCACGCACUAACUAGACUGGAGAGCAAACAGGCUGAGGCAGGCGCGAGCAGACGACCUUGCCGCCGGCGAGGGUUCGUAUCUCCGGCCAAGCGCACUCCCUCCCCGAGCGACGGUCCGGCGGAUGGACCUCCAUGCCCGCCUGCUGCACCGCGGCUGUGUCCCCGGCUUGCCCAGGAUCUGCCGCCAGGCACCGUUCCUUGGCCUCACCAGCCGAUGCCGUCCCCUGGGGCUCGCCGGCCGACGCCGUCGACCGCAGGUACGUGGGAGCACUCCACCGUACUCAGGCUGGCUGUGCCGUCCGACGCCCUCCACCUUGAUGGAAGCUGCCCGCUUCCUCCAGCCGCUCGCCGAUGGGGAUCUGCCGGCCCCGCGCCGCCACUGCCCAGGAAGGAGCUAUUCCUCCUCCUCUCCGGCGUGUGGGAGUCCGCCGUGCAGGCGCUUCUCGAGCUCGGGAGAGGCACAGGAGAAGGAAGGCAAAAAGGAGAUCAUCUACAUUAAUCUCCUGUCAAGUAUUGGAAAUCCCAAGUAUUUGAUGAGAAAAGCACCUAUGGAGAAGGAUGGCAAAAGUGAGUUCAAAAGGGAGAUCAUCUACACCACUUGCAGAUCAGCAUGACGAGGACAAUCAGUACAGAGAUAGGGCAAAAGGGAGAUCUUAAUGCCACUUAAACUUGCAGAUCAACGUGAGGAGGACAAUCGGUACAGAGAUAGGGCAAAAGGGAGAUCCCUAUGCCGCCUAUAGAUCAGCAUGUACCUUGGUCACGUUUUGGCUACAAGGAGGACGACCAAGAAGGACUGGGGAACGCCCGCAAAAAAAAGCACUGGGGAAGACGGGCGGGAGGAAGGCAUGGAGAUCGCUGUUUGGCGCCAACGUGCGUUCUGUUUGGCGCCAAGUAACCUUACCAGAUUUUCCACCGGACAAAUUGGGUGUUUGUUUUCAUUUUUUAAGAGAAUUAAGUGGGGAAAAUGAGAGCGGCCAGAUUGGAAUUGACGGGCGAUAUGGAUGUCUACAGUACACGUGCAGUAAUAGUUCGACUGCAGAGGAGCCGAACCUGGAACUAUGACAGUUUCAGUUUUCUUUUCUGCAUAGCUGGAACUAUGACAGUUUCAGUUUUCUUUUCUGCAUAGCUUGGUAACGCCAUUUCCAGUGCACUCAUCCUGGCAGCACAUGGGGGUCGUUCAUCAUCAGGUGCACGCCCCAUACGGAUUCUGCAUAAUCCAGAUGCAUGUUUGUCAGUAAUAUAUGUUUGAAGAUGUUUGUCAGUAA